AUGGGAUUUACUGCCUCUUAUGGAGUACAAGAAGAAGCUAAAAUAGGCAAGUGCUUCUCCAUCGACAGCCCCGACAGCCUAGAAAACAUUCCUGAGAAGUGGACCCCAGAGGUGAAGCACUUCUGCCCCAAUGUACCUAUCAUCCUAGUGGGGAACAAGAAGGACCUGCGGCAGGAUGAGCACACCAGCCGAGAGCUGGCCAAGACGAGGCAGGAACCUGUUCGAUCUGAGGAAGGCCAGGAUAUGGCGAAUCGCAUCAGUGCCUUUGGCUACCUCGAGUGCUCUGCCAAGACUAAAGAGGGAGUCCGGGAAGUAUUUGAGAUGGCCACUCGUGCAGGCCUCCAGGUCCGCAAGAACAAGUGCCAAAAGGGCUGUCCCAUCUUCUGA